CGCGUAAAGACAGACGUCGUCGCCGCGCUGUUGGCAGAUUAUUUUAGUGUGCAGCAGUGUUUUUGUUAUUAUAUUAACUGAGCUGGAUAACACAUAAUCGGAAAGAAAAUAUCCACUAACGUGAUUAUCGUAAAGAAAUUAUCUGCCAUCUUCAGGGUUUGAGUGCUAACUAAUGUAGGUAUUGGGGAAGAGUAGUAAAAGUAAAACUUUCAUGCGAAAUACCAAAAACCGAAGUUUGUUGACAGAAAAGUAAAAACAGAUUCACCAUCUGAAGGCAAUUAUGCCAUUCUACAAGUAUCUUCUUUCACCGAAACUCUUCAAAGAGUACGACGGUUCGAAGGAUUUAUAUGAACCCGGAACGCUAGAAAAGUAUGGCGAUCAACUACUGGCAGCUCUGAAUUUGAUGUGGAGUUUUGGAUACUACACAUCCCCACUGUUGAUUACGUUUCUCUACCGUCGUGGAUACUUUGUGGCGGAGUCGGUUGGUACGCUGGCCAAGUUCACAACCGGAAUCGGACUACUGGUGGCCGUUUCGCUGUGCAUGCGUGGCCUGGGCCGGUCCAUGAAUGUAGUUUACGUACGAUUCGCCGAGUGUCUCGAGAAUGCCAAGCGCCACGACAGAACCCCGGACAGCAAAAAUCAAAUCCGGAAGUAUGACUUUGACUUUAAGCAAUGGCCGGUGGACUUUACCGUCACGAGUAGUGUACAACGUGCGCAAGUUCCUCGAAACAAGCCUUUCUGGAUCUCAUCAUUGCCGUGUCAGAUUGCGGCUUAUUUGGCGAUUCAUACUUUUGGAAUACGUAUGAUCUAUCCGGGUUCGGUACAAUUGCUGCAAAGCUAUAUUGAACCUAUGUUGCUACAAGGCCGCACCAAGCUGAUGACUGAAGAGAGGGGCAAGCGUAAUAAAGUGAAAACAGCUGACAGUAAUGAAAUCGAUACCGUGUUCAUCGACAAUCGCGACAAGAGUUCCAAUGGAAGUACAUUGGUGCUCUGUUCCGAAGGAAAUGCAGGCUUCUACGAGAUUGGUAUAAUGUCUACGCCCAUAGAACUGCAGUAUUCGGUUUUAGGAUGGAACCAUCCAGGGUUUGCUGGCAGUAGUGGUUCUCCCUACCCAGACCAAGAUCAAAACGCAGUGGACGCCGUAAUGCAGUUUGCGAUAACUGAUCUUGGUUUCACCCCAGACAACAUAGUCCUUUAUGGUUGGAGUAUCGGUGGAUAUCCAACGCUUUAUGCUGCUUCACAGUAUCCCGACGUCAAGGGUGUAAUUCUUGAUGCCACCUUUGAUGACGUGCUGCAGCUGGCUAUACCGAGAAUGCCGGAAAGCCUUUCCAAUAUCGUCAAAAUUGCCAUCAGAGAUUACAUGAAUUUAAAUCAUACGGAACUGAUCUCGCAAUACAGUGGUCCUGUGAUGCUUAUUAGACGUACUGAAGAUGAAAUUAUUUGCUCAGAAGAUAACAAUCUUGCUACUAACCGUGGAAAUUUCCUACUGAUCAGUAUGCUGAAGCAUAGAUUCCCCAAUAUAUUUAAAUCAGAUCAGGAAAAUCUGGCCAAGGAAAUUCUAGCAAAGCCGAUUGAAUUUAUGAGGAAUGACUCCGAUGAUCUCUGUCUCUCGCUACUGAUGUCCUACCUGACAGACAACGGCAACAACGGAACGUCACGGAGUUAUCCCAUUGAAAUCGGCCAAGACUACACCAGUGAGCAAAGAGAUUCGAUGGCUAAAUUCCUCAUGAAAAAGCACCUGCAAGAUUUUAAGUCCACUCACUGUACUCCGCUGCCCGCGGAGUACUUCCAGCUCCCAUGGGAAAUUCCUAGCGAUACGGACUUUGUGUUCACCUAAAUGCAUUUUAUUGGACACUAGGCUCUUAUCCAAAUGAUCGCAAACUUUGCAAAAAUGCACGCCCGCAUAAUCAGCAACUUGUACUACGUUCCAAUACUAUUCUCAACUGCAAAUUCAGAGAGCCCGGAGAUUGAAGAGUAAACAAUAUUAGCGACAGUGUGUUUCCUUAGCCUAGAAAGGUAAGUUUGUUUUCUUUUAUCGUUUUGUAUUUCAAAUUCAACUCACUCUAUUCGGUGUAUGACAUUAUUGGCAGUGGGAAUAGCAACUAUUAAAAAAGUUUAUUCAAAAAUGUGCAACUACCUUAUACAAAUAUUUAAAAGCUGAUCUAUCUAAAAAGGGAUCCAACAUUCAAAGCUAUGCUAUUAGUAGCAAUAGAACAUUCUCAGCCUAUUUAUUGGUAGGUCCUAAGACGAUUACAUACAAUUAACGAACUGGUAUAGAAAGCUUGAAAUAGUAACUCAUUGACAUCCUAACCAGCAG